AUGGAAUUAGCAAAUCAACAAGAACAAAAAAGUGAAUGGCCAAAAAUUGAAGAAGCACUAGGAUGGCUAUCAAAUUUUAAAAAAAGAAAUAAUAUUAAAGAAUAUUAUAAAGCAGGAGAAGUAGCAAGUGUCCCUAUUGAAGAUUUGUUAGCAUUUAGAUCUGAAUUACAAGUUUUGAUUUCACAAUAUGAAUUGGAUGAUGUAUUUAAUGCUGAUAAAACAGGACUCUAUUGGAAAUUAGAACCUAAUAAAUUAUUUACUACUGGACUUAUAACUGGAACUAUAAAAAUCAAAAGAUAG